CCUAUUAGGUCGAUCUACCCUCCCAGGGGUCUCAAAUUUUCAUUUAUUCCCCGUUCAGGCUUCCCCUUCGUGCCAGUGUGCGUCGUUUGAAGUACCAUAGAGCCUCCUGAUCCAACAGAGGGAAGAACUGGCUUCAAAAAGCAGCAUCCAACCUUCCUCCAGUGAGCGUAAAGCCAUAGAUUACUCAUAUGCGCAUCUGUUAGACAUCAUCUUUCCUGCAACCGUAGUCAUUCGCAGUCGUGAGUCAACAGAGGGAAGAGGGAAACUCAGAAGAUGGUGUAAGAUCCAGGGCCGAGACAGUAGCGAAUAGUGUAUGCUGGGUGUUCAGAGUUUGCAUUAGUGGACAACGGCUGAAGUUUACAGUAGUUUCCAACCGAAGAAAAUUUGUUCCUCUAAGUAACAAGCCCCGUGCUCAACAGAACGAGUGUUGAAAGAACGCCAUUCCAUCCGGAUAUGUAAAACCGUGAGCUCUGCUUUACAACAACAACAAGCUGGUUUGGAGGCGCUGUUUUAACUUUUUGUAUGCAAGGAAUAAUUUUGUUCGUUUAUUACUGUUCAGUUUUUCCUCCUGUACUCUUUUUGCGUCAUGACUUCUAGUUAUGCACAUGUAAUGGACAGACAACCAACAAUAUCCAACCGCCUGGAGAGUCCAAUUACAUCAAAUUUGGAGAACUUACAGGCUAAAAAGAACUUCUCUGUAAGCCACCUGUUGGAUCUGGAAGAGGCGGGGGAGAUGGUUGGGACACAGACGGACGAGAGUACCGGAGAGGCGGGACGGAGUAUGCUGGAGUCUCCGGGGCUGACUAGCGGCAGCGAUACUACGCAGCAGGAGAAUGAACAGCUGAACUCUGAGGAAAAGAAGAAGAGGAAACAGCGUCGGAACAGGACCACCUUCAACAGCAGCCAGCUGCAGGCUCUAGAGAGGGUGUUUGAGAGGACCCACUACCCCGACGCCUUCGUCAGAGAGGACCUGGCGCGCAGGGUGAACCUUACCGAGGCGCGUGUGCAGGUGUGGUUUCAGAAUAGACGGGCUAAGUUUCGCAGGAACGAACGAGCGAUGCUGGCCAGCAAGAACACCGCUCUCCUCAAAUCCUACUCUGGAGAAGUGACAGCGGUGGAGCAGCCUAUCGUACCCCGUCCCGCUCCGCGACCAAACGAUUACCUAUCCUGGGGCAGCGCCUCGCCGUACAGCUGGUAUCCAAUGCCGGAGGGAGCGCCAAUGCGAGUUCCACAGAAAAUGCUGCCCACAGAAAGCAACGCCAUGGCUACCUACCCACCCACAUGUUCCAACACCAAUACCACCCAGGGAAUGAACAUGGCCAACAGCAUCGCUAACCUGCGCCUCAAAGCCAAGGAGUACAGCUUGAACCAGGUGCCCACUGUCAACUAAGGGGGAUGGAAGGCCUCUGGUACCAGGGGGAGAGGUGGGCUAGGGACUCACUUUCCCAGACAAGAUCCGCAACGUCUCAAGUUGGGCAGCCAGCCGUCCCUCCGGAAUUACAACAGAAGUUUCCUCUAGUCGGCACGUCAUCUUAACGGUGAAUGUAUUUUCUUACCCUGCAUCAAACAGGACAGAAAUACAGAGCGAAAACCAAAAGGUUUGAGAACAUUUUACUCUGAACGUUUAAAAAUCUGAUCGUCCAAAUUAGCCAAUGAAUACGUUUGGACGUUGUAAUGUUUAUUUUGUUUUUUUGUUGUUUUUUUUUUUUUCUAUUUGAUUUGAACUGGACAAAAUUCAUCUAUACAAAACAGGAGGAAAUAUUGUUACUACCCUUGAAUAUUUUAAGCUGAGAAGCUGUAGUCGCAGCUAAAGCGAUCGCUGUGUCUCGCUGGUGUUCUCAGGAGCCUUCUGGAUAGGAAAAGCAUGUUGUGCUCUGCUCAGAAGGUCGUUUCUUACGCAAAUAAAACACCCAAACAGCAUAGGCUGGAACAUGAAAUGCCAGGAUUUUGAAACAGCAAAGAGGAGGACUUCCUCCAGUUGAUAUACAGAGAAGUUACAAACAUUUUAAUAUUUUAUUCAUUUUUGUUUCAUUUUUUUCCAUUUAUACCACUGACAAUCAAAUGUCAUCAAUGCAUUAUGAUUUAUAUAAUGUACGCUAUACAGGCAAGCUAACUCAUGUAACUCAUUUUGAACCAAAGAACCUAGAUGCUUUUUUGUCUUUGUAUGAUAUCGCUAUUUGUAACAGAAAAUCUUAUAUUAUAAUAAAAUACAGUUCAACUAA